AUGGACUGGUUGCACGUUUACAUCGCCGGGGUUGCGUUCCUGGUUUUCUCUCUGGUCGCUCUGGUUCUCUUGUUCUCGUCUCAAAAGCCCAAGACUGAUCGCCGGAAUGGACUUUGGACUUACCUGAAUUUCUUCUGGGCGACUUUUCUCAAACCCCAUGAUAAAAGUGCCGGGGGGCAGCAAGAUGCGCUGGAAAGUUUCUAUAAGACGCAGGCCGCUGUCUAUGAUGCCACGCGUCACCGUCUUCUUCGCGGUCGUGAGGAUAUGCUCGGCCUUGUGGCGGCCCAGUUGAAGUUCAAAGUCGACAACAAGGAGAUCAAGGCCAAAAAGCCAGUUUGGGUCGAUAUCGGCGGUGGCACUGGAUACAACAUCGAAGCCAUGUCGGCCUUCCUUCCGGUGGACAAGUUUUUUGAUCAAGUCUAUCUCGUCGAUCUCUCCCCGUCCCUCUGCGAGGUUGCCCGCCAGCGCUUCGAACGUCUUGGGUGGAAGAAUGUCACUGUGAUCUGCCAGGAUGCACGAUCAUUCCGUCUUCCAGAGAAGCAGGUUGAUCCGCGAUCUACAGACAACGCAGCGAAUGAUGGCGUGGACUUGAUCACCAUGAGCUACAGUCUUUCGAUGAUUCCCGACUACUAUAGUGUCGUGGAUUCGCUGACGUCUCGUCUGAAGUCGACCGGUGUCCUGGGUGUCUGUGAUUUCUACGUCCAAAGCAUUGUGGAUGUCUCCUCUCGCAAUUAUACUGGCGGCGCCUUCAACCGUCACGUCAACUGGCUUGGGCGUGCUUUCUGGCGGGCCUGGUUCGAAUUCGACCGAGUCAGCCUUGAGGCCGCUCGCCGCGACUACCUGGAAUACCGAUUUGGAACGGUGAUCUCGGCGAGCGACCGAAACUACCUCCUUGGCGGUAUCCCUUACUACAUCUUUGUCGGUUGCCCUAAGGAGAUGGAGUCUACGCCAUCGAACCAAGCAGCCAUCGAGAAGCUGGACGCUUCGUUCACUGAAUCCCCUUACCUGCUACCUGCCAACCACAAGCAAGAAAUGAACAAGGCAGUUGAGCAAAGCACCCGCGAAAUCCAUUCCAAGGCCUAUGAGUCGGCCGUGGUCAAUCUGAGCGCCAACCUGCCCCUCCCGUCGUCUUUCUAUCAAAACCACCACUAUCGCAUCCACUACAAUGACAUGCUGCCCAAGCACACGCAGUUCCAAAACGAGUACAUCUAUGCAUUUACAUGGGAGGACCCGCGCGUCGACCACCGUCUAUUGAACAUUGGCAGCGACGACGUGAUCCUGGCAAUCACCAGCGCCGGCGACAACAUCCUGGACUAUCUUCAAAAGGGUCCGCGCCGGGUCCACGCCGUGGACUUGAACCCGAACCAGAACCACUUGCUGGAGCUGAAGGUAGCCAGCUACAUUGCACUCGGUCAUCGUGAUAUGUGGAAGAUCUUCGGCGACGGCAAACACGCCCAGUUCCGGGAACUGCUCAUCUCCAAGUUGAGCCCGCACCUGUCGAGCCAGGCCUUCCAGUACUGGCUCGAACACACGCACGUCUUCACCUCGUCCUCGGGACACGGUCUGUAUGAGACGGGGGGCUCCCGCCAUGCCAUCCGCAUGGUGCGCUGGCUGUUCAAUAUCUUCGGACUGCAGACCGAGGUCCGCAAGCUGUGCGAAGCCCAGACCCUAGCCGAGCAGCGCGCCAUCUGGCCGCGCAUCCGCCGUGUGUUGCUGAGCCGCCCCCUUAACUGGGCUAUCGUCAGCACGGAGUGGUUCGCCUGGAAGGCGGCCGGCGUGCCGCGCAACCAGCGCAACAUGAUUCUCGAUGACUUCUUCCGCCGCAACGGCUUGACAUCGGACAUGAAGCAGGCCAAGGAUGUUAGCGGACAGUCGAUCUGGGAGUAUGUCGUCAAUACUCUCGACCCUGUUGUCAACGACACGCUUAUUAGCAACGACAACUACUUCUACUUCCUGUGUAUGCAGGGCCAGUUUUCUCGACGAUGCCAUCCAACUUACCUGUCGCCCAAGGCGCACGUCAAACUCUCCACCCCGGGUGCCUUUGACGGCCUCCGCAUCCACACCGACGAGAUCAACGAGGUGAUCAAGCGGAUCACACCAGGCACCUUGACCAUCGCUGUAGUCAUGGACUCUAUGGACUGGUUCGACCCCUCCGAGGACGCCGCAUCAGCCCAAGCCCGCAAACUCAACCACGCCCUGAAAAAUGGCGGCCGCAUCCUCCUCCGGUCCGCCAGCAUUGACCCCUGGUAUAUCAAGCACUUCGAGGAGAACGGCUUUUCGGCGCGCCGCGUCGGGGCCCGAUUCCCGGGGACAUGUAUUGACCGAGUAAACAUGUACGCCUCGACGUGGAUCUGCACCAAGACGCAGGAUGUCGCGCGUCCGCAGGCUGGCCGGACUAUCUCGUCUCUGUCUCUUGGAGAUAGUGCCGUCGGAGGCAGGAAGAGAUCAGGGAGUGUUGAGGAUCUGCAGAUCUAA